CGCGCGCGCGCAUGAUUUUAGCCAAAAGCGCUGCGAUGCCUACGAUCGGUCACGGCCGCCCGUAAACGCCGCGCGGACUCAUUUCGCGCCACGGGACAGUUGCCGACCAUACAUACAACACGUCCGUUGCGCCAGCAUGACUUAUAACACUCUUUAGGACUCGCACACACCCAUGCGCCGAGACGCGUUUUCGCACAAGUGCAGUGCGCGGAUGAAAACCAGCCACUGAUCGCUAUGACGCGCUGUGGAGUCGCAUCGCUCGCUAUACGUGAUCAUGGCAACUGUGGUGCUCCGCCAAACUGGCGGAAUCGAUCGUCGCGGCUCGUGCGGUCGUCGGGUGGCCGUCCGCGAAUGCGCGACCCGGCUCCCGUCCGCUCUAGGCCUACUAGGGAGGCCCUAUGGGCGCGUCGGGUUGGGCUGUAGGGCGUUUGUUCCUUUCUGGGGCCGGGAGUGGCCAGUAGGUCCCAUAGAAAGAGUCCCUGAGAAACCCGUUUAGUAUAUUUAAGAAAUUGAAUUUUA